AUUCUUUCUCCCACCUUUCCGAGGAUGGGCUGUUUGCUAGCACAGACAUAAGAGGGCUCCCUGGCACCGGCUUUGCUUCAUGCACUCAUGGCAGACACGGAAUUAAAAAGCUUCACUUCCAUCAUGGAUGCUUUGCUUCGUAUCAGCUCCAACAUGAAGAGCAUGGAGCGAGAGCUACGUUGUCCCGUGUGCGACGACAUGGUGAAGCAGCCCAUCCUGCUGCCUUGCCAGCACAGCGUGUGCUUACUGUGUGCGGCCGACGUGUUGGUACAGAGGGGCUUCCCUCAACCUGACCUCCCCCCGGAGCCGAGGUCGCCGGCCUCCACGCCCAACGCUCGCUCCCCGCGCCAGCCCCGCAGACCAUCGCCGAGGACCCCGGACCACAUCCUAAGAACCGCAUGCAGCACAUACCCCGGGCGGCGGCGUAAGGACUUGGCCCCUCCCCCCAUGCUGUUCCCGUGUCCUUCCUGUCAGGAGGAUGUGGAACUUGGCGAGAAAGGCCUGACCCAUUGUCCCCGCAACCUCACUCUGGAGCGUAUUGUGGAAAGGUACAGGCACACGCAGAGUCUGGGCAGCGCGGCCAUCGUGUGCGCAUUCUGCAAGCCUCCUCAAUCUCUGGAGGCCACCAAGGGCUGCGCUGACUGCAAAGCCAACUUCUGCAAUGAAUGUUUCAAGCUCUACCACCCCUGGGGGACCCCCCGAGCCCAACACGAGCACAUCCUCCCCACAAACAACUUUCGCCCAAAGGUGCUGACGUGCACGGAGCACGAGCAGGAGCGUCUGUUGUGGUACUGCUGCACUUGCCGUAGGUUGUUGUGUCCGCUGUGUAAGCUCCGCCGCAACCACCAUGGCCACAAAGUCCUGCCAGUGACUCAAGCCUACCAGGCCCUCAAGGAUCAGCUGACCAAGGAGGUUAACUACAUCCUGGCCAACCAGGAGACCAUUCAAAGUCAGAUCACACAACUGGAGGGGACCAUCAAACAGAUGGAGGCCAACAGCGCCGUAGCUCUCCGCCAUCUGAGCCGCUGCAUGCAGGAUCUGGCUGCGUCCAUAGCCGAGCGGCAGGGGGUGUUGUCCGUGGCCCUGGAGGGCUCGCGCAGUCGCAGGGAGGAGGCGCUGUCCGCUCAGGCGUCGGGCAGGCGAGACAUGCUGGAGCACGCCGGCAUGAUGGCCUACACCCACGAGCUCCUCAAGGAGAUCGACCAGCCGUGUUUCGUGCAGGCGGCCAGAGUCACUCACAACAGGCUAGUGAAGGCCAUCACAAACCUCCAGUGCUUCUCCCUGAACGCCGAUCCAUCAUUCAGACAUUUUCACCUGGAUGCAACAAAAGAGAUCAAACUCAUCAACGGCUUAGAUUUUAUUCGAGCCCCUCUGGCCCCAGUGAUCGACACCCAGAAGACGCUGGCGUACGACCAGCUCUUCCUGUGCUGGCGCCUCCCGCAGGACUCGGCCCCGGCAUGGCACUUCUCCGUCGAGUACCGGAGACGGACGGGCGCGUCCGGAGACACGUGGGGAGGCACCCGAUCCCCAAACGCUUCGACGACGUGGCGGAGGCUGGACGAAGUGCGAGGGACCAGCGCCAUCGUGGGUCAACUGCAGAUCGACAGCGUGUACGUGAUGAGGGUGCGAGGCUGCAAUAAGGCCGGCUUUGGAGAUUUCAGCGAGGACGUGUACCUUCACACGCCGCCGGCUCCCGUGUUGUCUUUCUCUUUGGACUCUCGCUGGGGCUUGCAUUCCGACCGGCUGGCGCUGGGCAAGGGUCAGACGUACGCCCGUAGCGUGCCGGGCCUCUCCUUGCUGAAGGUCGCCGACCGCGUGCUCACCUCCUGCCACCUGACCGCCGACCUUCUGGUGGCCGACCUGGCCGUCUCUCAAGGCAGGCACUACUGGGCCUGCUCGGUGGAACCCGGUUCUUACCUGAUUAAGGUCGGAGUGGGACAGGAGGCCAAACUUCAAGAAUGGUUCCAUCAGCCGCAAGACAUGGCCAGUCCCCGGUAUGACCCGGACAGCGGCCAUGACAGCGAGGCAGAUGACAACCAGGACUCACCCCCCUUCUGCUUCCUGACCAUGGGCAUGGGCAAAAUCCUUCUCCCCCGAGGCCAUCAACACUCCAAGCCCGCCCACCCUUACACGACGCCUCUGCCGCCCAGGCUGGGCGUGUGCUUGGACUGCGACGAGGGCGGCGUGGCCUUUUACGACGCCCACUCCUUACGCGUGCUGUGGGAGGGCCACGUGGACUGCUCGGCCCCCGUCUGUCCCGCCUUCUGCUUCAUCGGCGGCGGCGCCCUACAGCUGCAGGACCUGGUGGCCAGUCGCAGCAUCGAGGAGGAAGCGCCGCCGCCCAGGGUGACCAUCAAAACACGUCCUAUCAGUAAAUCAUGAAGUCACGGAAUGAAACAUUGGUUUUUCAUGCUUUCAUGUUAACAUUGUGGCUGAAGCAAAAUUUCGACUAUGCAUAACUCAUACAUGGGACAAAUAUUGCAUGUGGGCGUGACUCUGAUGCGCUGUCUUUAUUUUAGGAUUGUUACCACAUAAAAGCACUGCAGAUAUACUCGGUCUAAAAUUUCGAAGCCUUUAUUUGUAACGUAGCGUAAUGGAAGAGCUAAUAUAAUUGGUUUCCUGAAGAUUGAUUGGAAUUGAAUUCAUAUGACCAUUUUGUAUGUCAACAGUAUAUUUAUUGCAGUUUUGAAAGGUCUUGUGAUGUAUUUGAUGAUAUUUGCUCAAUUAUUUUCAUUGCAUGUGUUCAACAUGCAUCGUCAGGAUAUGUUUGUCAGUUGAAUGUUUUGUAUGAAUGAUUGAUUUGUACGUGUGUGGCCUCACGGGGCUGUCAAGGCACAUUUAUUGGUUUAUAACUAGCUCCAAGGCACAUCACUUAUUAUAUUCAAUGAUACCUCCGUGACAGUGUCGGUAAAAUAUGAGGAUUCUUCUCUUUUUGUGCAGGUAAUGAUGUGGUUGUUUAUGCCUGACAGCGCUGAUUGUCGAUAUUGUAAUAUUUACACAGGAUUUGAACUUGAUUGUACAUGAAGUUUUUUUUUCUUUUUCUAGGGAGUGAGUGUGAUAGUGGAACCACGUGACACUGUAUGCUUAGCUUUUUUUUUUUUUUUUAAAUCAUAAGAAUAAAAUAACUUGUAAUCUGACA